UCUGCUGGACCCUCCUCUUCCUCUGCUAGACCCUUCUCUUCCUUAUCUUUUUUUCCCAGGAAUGUUAAGAGGAUGGCCUCUAGGCCGGAGAUCCUGUCAGCCCAGAACUAUCUUAGAGUUGUUAAACAGAUAUUGUUGGAUCGGUCAAGCUGCCCCCAACAACACUCCCCUUUGAUCAGAAAGAGGUGUCCUGGCGGUAAAAGGCCGCUAUCCUCAGAUGAGCAGUCCGACAAUGAGGAUGACAAUUCUGAAGUGAAGUCUUCCAGUUCUUGUGAGGGAACUUCCAAAAUAAAGAAGGAACCAGAAGUAUUUCCCAAACAAGAGAUGGAUGAGGGAGCUGAUUCAGGGUCUGAUGUUGAAAUAAUUGGUGAAGAGUGGCCAAACAAAUGUCAAGUGAAAAAGGAAAAGGUGCAUGUGUCGUCCCAGACCCAGACAGAUGACUGAGUCUAUCAAACCUAUUCAAUGACAUCAGUUCUACCUUAAUUUGAAAAUUUUAUAAUAUAGAAAAUGUUGCACUUCUGAUCCAGUCAACAAGCCAGUGUAAAAACAACUUGGUCCUAAAGCAGUGAAGUACCAUCAUUACAUUUUUUUACAGUUCCCUCUCUCUCUCUCUCUCUCAUAAUUUGGAACAAUUUGAAAUGAUUAAUGUUUUGCAUAUGUUAUAUGUACUCUAUUUAUCAGGCUUGAGAUUGUUAUUGUUCUUUUGCUCAUCAUCCAUAUCCUUAGUAAUUGAAUAUCUGUUGAUUUUAUAUACCUCCAACAUGUCAAGUUCCUACAGUGAUGUAGACAGGCCCGUCAAUUACAUGUACCAAUUCAUGUAUCUCUUGUAGAUUUUAUUUCUAUUGUUUAGAAAUCCAUAGAUAAAAUUAGUCUACAGUGUAUAUAUGUUAUAUACUUGUGAUCCAAGUAUUACAGCAGCAUUUUUGAAACUGCAUUGAACUAUGUUGGGAGUAUAUCAAUAUUUAGUGUACUGGUACAUGUGCUGUGUUCAUAUAUGAACGAGCUUAUAUUUCUCUAUUUUUGAGAAAGUAAUAAGUACAUUUAUAAGUGAAAUUAGUCUUUGUAAUGUAGUCUUAGUUUUACAGUGACCAACAGCAGUAACAGUUUGUACCCUAUGUUCACUGUCCAUUUGAAGUCUUUUACAGAUUGUUGAAGUGUGUGCAGGAGUUGAAAUGAAUGAGUGAUUUUGUAUUUAUGAAUCAAUGGAGAAAAAUUUGUACUACAAAUAGAUGAUUUUAGUACCUAUAUACAGUGUUUUGGAUGAAUUAUACCAUGAUGUUUUGUACAUCAAUUUCUUUUAUUUUUUAUUUCUUCUUAAUUUACAACAAAGAUAUUUGUUACUGUUGUUACUACUUUAUGAAGAAUAAAAUGUAAAAUUUAAUACGUUUAUUCGUGUAUUGUUUUUAUUAUUUUUUUUUAUAUCCCAUUUUUAUAAUAAAGGUAGCUUGAAACUUAAAUUUCUAUGGACCCCUUUGAUUUAAUGAUUAACUUUCUGGAGACUUAAUAUGCAACAAAGUCUUGUUUUCAAUCUGAUUAAUCUAAAUUAUCCAUAAAUUACAUUACACUGCCAUUAAUUGUAAUGUAAAAUUUGUGGCAUUACACAUCACUAGCAUUACUUUGAAAGCAUGAAAUGCAUUGCAAUACAUUACAUGUACCAUUACAUUUAGCAUUACCUCAAGUCUAUCUAUAAUACAGAUCCCUGCAAUAACACAAAGUGCAAAGAGAUCUGACAACAACCCAGGUCAUCUAAUUGAACUUCAAAUUAACCAAUUGGAUCUCAAGUUAUGCUUUUCCUUAAGUGAUCUUUAAAAUUAAGUUAUAGCUGACUUGUUAACAAUUCCAUGUAUUGUUAUUGAUUGAUAUAUUUAUCUUCAUG